GGGGAGCACAUCAAAACAAAUAAAACUGUGUGAUAAGUGCAGCUGAUAAUUUAUUCGGAUUUGAUAACAACGAGCGAGCAUUUUGCAGCUACAACCAGCAGGAUGAGUGCUGUUCGCGCUGGAUUUCGUAUUGCGCUGGUGCAGUUAAAAGUCGGUGCCAAUAAAACGCAAAACAUCGAAAAUGCCCUGACAAAAAUCCGAUCAGCUGUCACUGAUAAGGGCGCCCGUGUGGUCGCUCUGCCGGAAUGUUUCAACUCACCGUACGGUACGCAGCACUUUCCGGAAUAUGCCGAAGAGAUCCCAUCGGGCGAAACGAGCCGCAGCCUAGCGGCGAUUGCGAAGGAGCUUGGCAUUUAUCUGAUUGGUGGAACGAUCCCUGAAAAGAGUCCCACGGACAGCAAACUGUACAACACGUGUACCGUGUGGUCACCGGAAGGGUCGCUGCUUGCAACGUACCGAAAAAUCCAUCUUUUUGACAUCAACAUACCGGGCGGUAUAACGUUCCGUGAAUCGGACGUCCUUACCGGAGGUAGCGGCCUUGCCACGGUCGCUAUCGAUGGGGCAAAGAUUGGUCUCGGCAUUUGCUACGACAUUCGCUUCGACGAACUUGCCCGAUUGUAUCGCAAUCAGGGAUGCGAUAUGUUAAUCUAUCCCGGAGCGUUUAACAUGAAAACGGGGCCGCUGCAUUGGGAACUGCUGGCGCGGGGACGCGCGAACGAUACACAAUCGUACGUGGCUACCAUUUCUCCGGCCCGGGACAAGUCGGCCGGUUACGUGGCCUGGGGCCACUCGAUGGUGGUGGAUCCGUGGGCCAAAGUGGUGUCCCAAGCAGCCGAAGCCGAAGAAACGGUUGUUGCCGAUGUGAAUCUCCAGACGGUGGACGAAGUUCGGGCACAGAUUCCUAUAUUCAGCCAGCGCAGAACGGAUCUGUAUACGACGGAUGCUGUGGGGAAAUAGUGGCCAUACAAUUCAACUUGUUAUCACUUUGUUAACCAAGUAUAUUGAAAUAUACAGAACCAAUUCCAUUUUAACU